CACAGACACACACUACAGUGAGUCUUGGCAGUGUGUCCCUGCUGAGUCCUCCUCUGAUCUGAAGACAGUUUGUAAACCGGCAGCAGCAUGGAGCACAUGUCCUCUCCGGUCAGAUUCCGCAGCAAUAAAAAAGCUGCAGCUUUCUCAGAAAAGGAGUUAUCCAGUCUGUCCAUUGAGGACCAGGAAGACAUACAGUUUCCUUACGCCAUGAGGGAUCUGCCUCCCAUGUCCCAGUCCAGUGAACAGCAGCAGACCCCAGGCCACCAUGAGGCAGAGGGAGCUGAGACAGCAACCAACGGGAGACUCCCCAGCCUUCCUUCGACUCCCCCUCCAUGCCGUCCACUCCCCUGUCGCCCCACCGGCUCUCCCAUCGUCCCUCCCAGAGCAAAUCAUGUCGGGCUGGACAGAGAGUUUCAUCCCCUGCAGCUGAGGAGGCAGCUUGCCUCUCAGGUGUCUGUUGACUCUCCGCUAAGCCCGGCCUCCCGUCCACGCAGCCCCUGGGGACGCUUCGACCCCUACGACUCUCCAGAGGAUCAGGACAAGGAGUACGUAGGUUUUGCCACACUGCCCAACCAGGUUCAUAGAAAGACUGUGAAGAAAGGUUUCACGUUUACACUUAUGGUCGCAGGGGAGUCUGGCCUCGGAAAAUCCACACUAAUCAACAGUUUGUUCCUCACUGACCUCUACAAAGACAGAAAAGUCCCCAAUGCCGAAGAGCGGAUUAGCCAAACAAUCGACAUCAUCAAACACACCAUCAGCAUCGAGGAGAAAGGAAUCAAACUGAGGCUCUCCAUCAUCGACACACCGGGAUUCGGAGAUGCCGUCAACAACACAGAAUGCUUUAAGGACCUGGAGGACUACAUCGACCAGCAGUUUGAGCAGUACUUCAGAGAUGAGAGCGGGUUGAACAGAAGGAACAUCCAGGACAACAGAGUCCACUGCUGCCUCUACUUCAUCUCUCCGUUUGGCCACGGCCUUCGACCUCUGGAUGUGGAGUGUAUGAAGGCCUUGCAUGAGAAAGUCAACAUCAUUCCAUUACUGGCCAAAGCCGACAGUUUGACACACGCAGAGAUCCGCAGGAAGAAGAUGAAGAUCAGAGAGGAGAUGAAGCAGUUUGGGAUAAACAUCUACCAGUUCCCCGAGUGUGAUUCAGACGAGGAGGAGGACUUUAAGACGGAGGAGCAGAUCCUCAAGGACAGCAUCCCGUUUGCAGUAAUUGGGGGUAACGUACAGAUGGAGAGUAAAGGUCGCAAGUACAGGGCUCGCGUUUAUCCAUGGGGUGCGGUAGAAGUGGAGAACCCGGCUCACUCUGACUUCCUGCUGCUGAGGAACAUGCUGGUGAGAACACACAUGCAGGAUCUGAAGGACGUGACGCGAGAGAUUCACUACGAAAACUACAGAGCUCAGUGCAUCCAGAACAUGACGCGCAUGGUGGUGCAGGAGAGGAAGCGCAGUUUGCGUGAGAAGAAUCGAGAGAUGAGCGAGGCAGUUUUUCCACUGCCGUUGGCCAUCGUGGACUCUGAAAAGGAGAGACUCAUCUUUGAGAAGGACGAAGAGCUGAGGAGGAUGCAGGAGGUGCUGGAGAGGAUUCAGGAGCAGAUGCAGCAAAGCCAGAGAGGAGGCUGCUGAUUCUCCCAUAAUUCCCUGUGUAAAUGAGGAGCACCCCGGGUCACAGACAGUCAGACAGAGAUGGAAAUCAGGUGUAUUAAGAAUAGGCCUGUUUCUGAUUGUCGUUACCCACAGGGGUGUACAAGAUUAAUGGGUCUUUUCACCUGCGAGAUCACCAUGGUAACUUAUCCUGCACAGCUAACCUGCUCCAGAGGACCUACAUGCACCUACAUGCAUUCAGUUAGUGAUGCAGAAAAUGCAUAACUUUGUGUUUAUGUUUGCUUCUGAUUUCCUGCCAAGUCCGUUUACACUGCUGGUACUGCAGCUGAUAGAACACAGAUCAGAAUAUUGAUUAGUCUGUCUAUUAAUCAAUUAUAUUAAUUUCAGGCAAAAACUGAAUCCUUCAUUAUGGAACAGCGUCAGACCUAAAUGUAUGAGGGUUAAAGUUUAGGAGCUCUAAUGUGCAGCUCUCACCAUAGAAAGUAAAAUUAAUUAACGGUGUUCUACCAGCAUUCCUCUCUUGUGUCAUUUGCAGCAACAGAGUUUGCUGCUGUAAUAAGUUUAUAUAUCCCACAUAGCUCUUCACUAUAACAAGCUGCUCCUGUUGACUGAAGAAGGCGGCCAAUUAAUGAUAUUUAUUGUAAUUAUUGUCUUCCACGACGACUCCUUUACUGUAACCUCGAUGGUGCGACACUGCCAUCUAGUGGUCAGAGUGUAGUAAUGGUGCGUUUUAAAUAUGUAAACUACAUUUUUCAUGUUUUAUUACGGGAGUUUUUUCUUUUCGUUUUGUAUUUUUAAUCGCUAAUUUUGCUGUUUUGUAAAGACAAUAAAGUAAAAAUACUUUCUGAAAGCA